GCUUGGCAAUGUCCGAAUCUAGAACUAUAACCCUUUGCUUCCUCCUUAGACGGCCCUUUACGCGUAAUGUUCUCUUCUCUCUCUAGUCAGUCUACCCCCAAGAAACUUUCUCUUUUUUUCCUUAAACACCCACCCUUCUACUCUCAUUCACUAAAACUCUUUUUCUUUCUUAUACACAACACAACACGCUCUGCAUACAAACACAACAUUCCUGUCUUCAACAUUUCGCGGUCAACAAAACAAAUAAUAAUACUUUUUUUUUUGGCUGCUUACUUCGGAUCCUUGUAGACGCAAACACCCAUUUUUUGAAUCUUUCUUUGUAGCUCAACUUUGUAUUUUGCAUUUCUAGGGUUGUUUGUUUCUUGAGGGUACUUUUUUUUUAUUUUGAUGUUUCAACCCCCUCUUGUUACUUCUUGUUCUUUAGUUGAUAUUUCUGGUGGGUUUUGUCUUUUACUUGAUCUGAUUCAGUAAAAGUUGGAAUAUUUGUUCAAGAGGGAAAAUUUUCUGGGGUUUGAUUUUAUGCUUUGUUAAUUGUGUUUGGUUCUGAAAUUUUUAUCUUUAUUGGAAAAUCCUUUGUGAUUUUUGCAUAAUUCUUUUGUUAUGCUAAGGAAUUGAAGUGGGUUGGUGGUAGAUAUUGAAAGUUGGCUUUUUUUAUUGUAUUUCUUAGUGAUGAAGGGAUUGUAGAGUUGUCAUUGUUUAGGGUGUAGUUCUUUGAUGAAAUGAGAAAAAUACCAAACACUUGGAAUGGGAAUUCAGAAAUAUAUGGUUGUCUUAAAGUUUAGUUUUUGUGUUCUUUUAGUUCUGCAUCUAGUAGCAGCAGUUAGCGUUAUAGAAAAGAAGGAAAUACAAGAAGAUGGUUUUAUUAGAGACCUAUUUGAUUCAGCAUCUGAAUUGUUAGAUGAGCAUACGGCAAAGGUAUUAAGGACCGCCUGCUGUGAAGAUUUUAUUCAUUUAAAGAAAGUGGUAUAUCGUGAUUUAUGCCUCCCACUGGAAUUGUUUGCUAGCACCAACAAACUCAGUUCAACAAUUCAACCAUUUGCACAAGCAGACAUCCAAAAAUUGCUUAAUGGUUGCCAUCCUCAAAUCAAGGAAAACUUUCUUCAUUGUUUGAGAAAAAAUAAUCUUCUAUUAUCUGUCUCAGGAGAAGACAAUGAUUCCAAGAAAUGGCAUGUCACGAAUACGGGAUAUCUUUUUUCCACAUCCAGUAUUCCUAGAAGAAAUCUGGUCCGUGUUUUGCUCCAGCACAUAUCAGAACCACCUAGUUCAGACCCCGCAGUUGGAUCACCUACACUGAGUCUCACUCCAUCACCUGAGCCCAUUCUCGCUCCAUCGUCUGAACCCAGUCUAUCUCCAUCACCUGCUCCAGUGCCUCUACUUCCUAAGCCGCCAUCUCCUUCUUUCUCACCAACCCCAUUUUUCCCGAAGCUUACACCACCAGCAGCUGCUGAUAUUUCUGCUCCUCCAUCUUCUGACACGAACGGGAAGGAUGAUAAGCAUAGUACAAAAAGAACAGUUGUUCUUUCUGUAGUUAUAACUAUAUCGGUGAUAUUUAUAGCUGCAGCACUGUUCUUUUUAUGCCUUCGUAAGACUCGCCGGCUUAGACAAAAUGAUGAGAGGCCACUUCUGAGCUUGAGCAUGAAUGACUAUUCUUUUGGUCCUUCCAAUCAUGCUUUUGGAAAUUCGACAAAAGGGGAGAAACAUGGGUUUCAGUCAUCAAGUGAUAAUUUAGGAGACAACAAGAAGACCUCGGUGCAAGAACAUCAAUCAAUAGGAGCUCAUACUGCUGCUGGAUUACCAUUUGAAUUGACACCUCCUCUUGGAAGAGUGGGAACUAUCCAUUCUGGAAUGCCACCUUUAAGACCUCCUCCAGGAAGAAUGAAUCCUCUCCCCCCUGAGCCACCUUCAUUUAGGCCUUCUAGUAAUAAUGCCGUAUCUACUGCUGCUGCAACUCCUCCUCCUCGACAAUCUGGUGUUGGCAGUGCUCGACCUCCUACUACUCCUUCCCCACAUUCAACACUAGCCGGUGCCAAACCUGCUGCUCUUCGUCCUCCGCUACCCCCUGCUCUGUCUGGUGCCAAACCUAGUCCUCCACCACCCCUUGCUCCGCCUGGUGCCAAACCUAGUCCUCCACCACCCCCUGCACCACCUGGUGCCAAACCUGGUCCUCCCCCCCCUCCACCACCAGCACCACAUGGUGCUAAACCUGGUCCUCGUCCACCUCCUCCUCCUCCUAAGAGUGGUGUAGCUCCUCCUCGUCCUCCAGUUGGCCCAAAGGUUGGUGGACUAAAAGCUACAGCGAUUGCUGAAGCAGGUGCAGAAGGUGGAGCUGAUACUUCCAAAGCCAAACUAAAGCCAUUUUUCUGGGAUAAGGUUCAAGCUAAUUCUGAUCAAUCAAUGGUUUGGAAUCAGAUCAAAUCAGGAUCGUUCCAGUUUAACGAAGAGAUGAUAGAGACACUUUUUGGUUAUAAUGCUGUAAAUAAUGGUCAGCGACAAAAGGAGUCUUCCUCCUCCCAAGAUCCUUCACCUCAGUAUAUCCAGAUCGUUGACAAAAAGAAAUCACAAAAUUUAUUAAUUCUGUUGCGAGCAUUGAAUGUGACAAUGGAAGAAGUUUGUGAUGCACUCUAUGAAGGAAAUGAGCUACCGUCGGAGUUCCUUCAAACCUUGUUGAAGAUGGCGCCAACAUCAGACGAAGAACUUAAGCUUAGACUUUUUAGUGGUAAUCUGUCUCAACUUGGGCCUGCUGACCGUUUCCUGAAAUCCAUGGUUGACAUUCCCUUUGCCUUUAAGCGAAUGGAAGUACUGCUUUUUAUGUGUACAUUUAAAGAGGAGCUCACUACUACUAUGGAGUCUUUUGCAGUUUUAGAGGUUGCUUGUAAGGAACUAAGAAACAGCCGGCUGUUUCACAAGCUUCUCGAAGCCGUUCUCAAAACUGGAAACCGUAUGAACGACGGAACAUACCGUGGUGGUGCACAAGCAUUUAAACUUGAUACGCUUUUGAAAUUAUCCGAUGUAAAAGGAACAGAUGGCAAGACUACACUCUUACACUUUGUAGUUCAAGAGAUUAUCCGCUCGGAGGGCAUAAAAGCUGCCCGAGCGGAAAAAGAGAGCCAGGGUUUGUCCAAUAUUAAAACGGACGAGGCUGUUGAAGAUAACACACGUGAAAUAGAAGACCACUACCGCGAACUUGGUCUUGAGAUGGUAUCGCACUUGAGCAGUGAGCUCGAGAAUGUUAAGAGAGGUUCUGUUCUAGAUGCGGACAGCUUAACAGCUACGGCUACCAAACUUGGCCACGGUCUCGUGAAAGCCAAAGACCUACUGAACAAAAACCUGAAGAAUGUGGAAGAUGAUAGAGGGUUUCGUGAGACAUUGGAAAGUUUUCUCCAAAAUGCUGAGGCUGAUGUUAAGAAACUGCUGGAAGAUGAGAAGAAAAUCAUGGCUCUGGUGAAGAGCACGGGCGAUUACUUUCACGGGAAUGCAACGAAGGACGAUGGCUUGCGAUUAUUUGUAAUAGUAAGAGACUUCUUACUAAUGGUGGAUAAGGUAUGCAAGGAGGUGAGAGAUGCACAGAAGAAGUCAUCAAAACCUGUAAAACAAGAAACUUCAAGAGGAUCGUCUUCAUCUGAUACACGUCCACCACCUUCUGAUUUUCGUCAGCGGCUUUUUCCGGCUAUCACUGAAAGGAGGAUAGAUGACAUUAGUUCAGAUGAUGAGAGUCCAUAGAUUCAAGUUGGAAAUGGUAUUGUAAUUUUUGUCUUUACUAACAUAUCCUUGUACAGCCUGUAGUUAAAGACUUGGUAUUCUUUUCUAUUAUUGGAAGGAUUUAUAUUAUUUGAAUU